AGAAAAAGAAGGGUAGAGACAAGAGGGGUUGACAGUUUACUGUCAAAAAUAUGAAACCGUUCGAAAAAUCUUUUGGAAAAAACGUGCGCGAACGAGUUGAUGAUGGAGAAAGGAUUGGGGGGUUAAGAGGAGGAGAAGGAAGAAAAAUUGCCUACGAAUUUUACCGUAGUACUUGGAUGACUCGUAGUAGGCAAUAGCGUAAUAGAGACAGGGGUUGGUCAGACAGAUGGUAUUUUACGAGCGCACGUAGUACUUCCAUACACGUGCCUAUUGACCGGCUAGGUUGGAUCCAUAAUAUAGGCAUGUAGAAGCCGGUACGUUGGAGACCCGUUGGUAGCCCCGACGCAGAGGCGUCGUUCUUCACCAGUGGAGUGGUGGUUGCUGUUCGGGUAUAGGUUGGCUUUUGUGGGCGGGGUGCUGGAUGGGGCGCAGAACACCUCGGUGGGUGGAUAUUGAGCGACGCCGGGCGUCGUGGCGCACCGUGUUGGAUCAGUCGCCCUUCAGCCACCGCCCCAGAUACGAGUUUGGAGCCACUUCCGGCCAUCUGCUACGCUGCUGGUCCGACGUGCCCUCUAACACUCUCCUUUUCUCUCUGCCCGUUACGUUACUUUUUCCCUUCUUUUUCUCUUUUUAUCUAUCUCUAAUUAUAUCUGUCCAUAUUUCUUUUUUUCUAUUUUUUCUUUCUCUUAUUCUUCCGUUUCUUUUAAUCGAGAAACAUAAGCAACCAACCAACCCCUGGUGACUUUAGAAGACAACUGAAAAAGGAACAUCAGAAAAAUGCUUAUCGGGCUAGUGCGCGACUCGAUGCUGCAGUGCUUCUGUCAUAGCUGCAAAGCACCUUUGGAUAUUGUAGCGGGACAGAGGAAGGGUAAUGCGCCCUUCAAGAAGCCCAAUGGAAAAGGGGCGCGAACCAAGCAACCGAAGAAGGUGAAGUUCAUUACGACCGAAAUACGAUGCCAAGAAAAAUCGAAGGGUGGUAUUUGCUACGAAGUAAUAUUGGCAGAACCAACGGCACCAAAGAGAGCACCGUCACCACCCCAUACUGGCCCAACUCAACAGAUUCCUAUCGAGGACAAGUUGAGGGAAGCUGAGCAAAGAAGAUUUACCUUGGAAUCUCAUAAGAUCGCUGCUCUUGCCGCGAAACUCAGCAAGAUCGAAGAGGUCGCUCGUAAGAAAGAUGAACUUAGCGCCGCAUUCAUAGCAGCUACUCGCGAAUCCUUGGACGCAAAAAUGAACAAUACCGAAGAGAAGCGAGAAGCUCAUAUUGCCGAGCUUAAGAAUAAAUUGAAAGAGCACUUGGAGAGCGUAGAGAAGUCUCGUUUGAGCCUCGAGCAGCAGACCGAAGAAGUACGAUGCGCUGUUGAAGAGAAACUUAAGACUGCUGCUGCUCAACGUGACGAAAACAUUAAAAGAAUGUUGGAUCGUCUUAAUAAGCAUGAGGAACAAGCCGCUCGUGUACGUCAAGGUAUGACCGAACGUGUGCAACAGUUGGAAUCGCAAAUUCAAGGCAAGCUUGAUCAAGCUCGUGAACGCCGUGAAAGUCUAGAACGCGAACAGAAGGAAAAAUUACGCAAUUACAAUACCGUGAAGAUAGCGAAAGUACGUCAGAUGGUGGAUGAGUGUGCCACGAGAGAUCUUCUGGUGAAAAAAUUCGAAUUUGACAAGAGGGUAUCCACUGCGGAGCUAAACCGACAGCGAGAGAUUCAACGCCGUGUGCAGGCUAUUCGCGAGCAUGAAAAACGCGCAGAAAUCGUCAGGCAGAAGAAAGCUGCCAUGGACGGACAGAAAGGAAAAGGAGAGGAUCAGAAUAUCCUACCUGUCGAAAAUGAAACUGCCAGUUCUGGCUAAAUUAAUUUUUAUUUCUCAAAGUCUAAGCCUUCUCGUAAUAAGCCUCCCUGCGUGUUCUUGCUGAAAGAAUCGUUCACUGGCGCGCCGUUUUGUUAACUGAACGCUUUUAUUUAUUUAGUGAAUUAUAUAAGAUACUAAAAGUUGAUUUCCUCUCUUCUUUGUUCUUAUUUACAAUUAAUAUCAUAAUCAUAAAUAAAAAUGAAUUCUAUAUUGACAAUUUUUCAAUUGAAAUAUAUAUUUAAUUUUGAUAUAAUUUAUAAAUAAUUAUUUUACCUAAUUUAAUAUAUAAUAAUUCAAAUAAUAAAUUUAAAUUAAAUAUAUUAAUUUUUAUUAUAUAAUUCUCUUGUAGAAUUCAUUUUUAUUAUUAUUAAAUUAUGAUAUUAGUAAAUAAAAGAAAAUAAAACAAAAAAGAGACGUAAUAUAACUGUCAUAUAUCUUAAAAUAUUCAAUUAAUAAAUAAAAGGUUUUAGUUAACAAGACGUCUUGGACUUUGUGAUUAUUAUUUUUGUUAUUUUUCUUUGUUUUUUUUUAUCGAUACGUGCAUACAACACUGCCUUCUAUCUUUCUACGACAUUCUACAAUCUGAAGUCGAUUAUAGUCUUAAAUAUAAUUAUUUUAUGAGUUUUAAAAUAGAAAUAAUAAUAUGUUACAAUGUUUUAGGACACUUUUUUGCAUGCACAAUCGAGAAAAUAAAAAAAAAAAAAAAUCAAUACAACAAAACUAAUCACACGUAGAAUAUUUGAUGUCAUUCUGUUUAUUUUGCCACGUCGAAAAAUAUAUAAUAUUUUAUUUUUUACAGUUAUGUGCUAUUGUUGUCAAACGUUUAUUAAUGUUUUCUUCAAGCCUUACAAUUAUUUUUUUUAUCGAUUAAUAAUUAGAAAUGACAUGCGUGAUGAUCACAUUGGCUGUUAUCUCUAAGGACUGAAAUAAUUCUAUAUUUAUCUUCAUAACGUCAUCGGAGCUUUCAUUCUCAGCACACGCAGCUUUUUUUUCGUUUUUAUUUAGUUUUUAGAAUAAAUAAUAGAUAAUUAUUACUGCUAUAAUUAGAUCUUAAGUAAUAUUUGCGGCCAUAUGUGUGUUCACAUACCAUAUAUAUUGGCAUACAUGUGUGGUAUGUGCCAACAUAUAAGCACACUUAUAACAUAUAUAUAUAUAUUAUAACAGUGCUUUAUACUAGGCUUGGAAAACUUGAAACCAUUUUAUACUCAAUCAUUGUAAUAUUACUGCGCUAACAGAUGAAAACUCUUUCACAAAUAUAUAGUCUAAUUGAAUAUAAUAAUAUGAUGCUUCUGUGAUGACCUAAUUAUUUGUCAAAAUGUGUAGUGGCAAAGUGAAAAAGUGUGAAAGAAUGAGUGAAAAAAAAAAAAAUCAUAGUGAGAGAGCAAGAAAGAAAGAGAGAGAGAGAGAAUCCUCUAUGCUCGUAUAGAUACCGUGGCUAGAGGACUUAUAUCUUUCGUGUUAUAUAUCAUCGCUGGAAGGUUUUUUAAAAAAGGAGCUACCUUUAAUAAUAAUACGAAAGAUUUCUUUGGUCGAGAACAGUGUUUUUUUUUUUUUUUAUAUAUAUAUGGAUAUUACUUUUUUUUUUAAAUUUAUUUUAUGAAAAAUUUCGAAUACGAAAAGAAAACAUUAAUUGUGGUAACGUAAAGAGAGUUUUUAAUCAUAGCUCUGGUCACGGUAUCGUCACAAAUUGCGUGGAUACAAAACAACACAUAUGCAAAAGUGAUAUUACUAUUAAAUUGCAUUCAUUCGUUCUUCAUCAUUUCUUUUGUCUCAGUAUUCUUCAUCUGCGAAUGAUCUUUCACAAAACUUCCUAAUAUCUAAUUAAGAAUUGGAAAAUAAUUGCAAAAGGUUUAUUCGCAGGAAGUGAUACGGUGAUGUAAAAAAAUAAUUAGGAACGAAUGCCUGAAAGUAAUAAUCUACAUCAUCGAUACGCGAGCAUAUUUACUUUUAAAAUGCCGAAUAGUAGUAAUAUUAUACGAUUAAUUGUUUCACGCGGCAAACCGAAGGGAAGACACUCGAAGACGUUCAUAAUAUCUCCGUUACAAAUUUUCCUUCCGAAUGAAGCAAGAAACAAAGUGACCUUCAUUUUUACAUAGCGAUCUUUUGGCGAAAUGCAAUUCGAUAUUAUAAUAUCCCCGUACGUGUACGUACUUUACGAUUCUUUCUUAAUUUUUUUCGUUAUAAUACAUAAAAAAAAAAAAGUAUAUAUACAUAAAAAUAUAUAGAUUAUAUAUAUAGACUUAUAGAUUUCUACGCGAUGAUAUAUAUAGUUAUACAGUGUAUGUAUGGUUUCAUGUCAGCUUUGGUAUUGUCUCUUAGUGGCACAACGACAGAAGCAAGUAAUGUGCAAGAAAGUUAAAAGAAAUGGACAAAAAAAAAAAAAAAAAAGCAAAAUAAUGCCCUUGGUCAAAUACAAAUUCAAAAUUAUUGAAAGCAUUCUUUGUGCUAUUGGCUACCAUUGAAAUGAAUUUGAUUUGUGUUGAAAAUAAUAUGUGUUCGAAAGAAAUCCUGGUUGUGUGAAGUAAAAGGCCGUACCUACACACACA